AUGGACGACCUGAACAUGCCUAGGAGAGAAGAGGAUGAGGACGACUCUUCGUCAGGCGAGGACUGCGACGACUACGAGGGCGGUGAUCGCGACUCGAUGUAUACGGCUUCGCAAGCCUUUGAUGCGCAGGGGCGUCGGUCCUCCAUGGAGCAGCACAAUGCCAUUCACAAGAUGACCCAGGAAGACACGAAACAGAUUCUGUUGUGGAAAAUGAUGGUGCUCUUGAUCAUUACCGGAACGGCAGCAUUGGUCUCCACGGGAGCUUAUAUCUUCUUGGCAAAGGGAGAAGAGCAGAACUAUCAAGAUAGUUACUCCAACUUUGUGAAUACGAUUCGUGACUCUGCCGAAUUCCACGCGUCGAACAUGUUCAUCACUUUGCGUUCCUUCAGUGAUCAGAUCACGGUGGAAGCCAUUGGGUCGAACCAAGAGUUUCCAUUUGUCACCAUUCCCUCCUUUGAAGCCAUGGGAUCGUCCGUCCGAAGCAUUACGGGCGUAGAAAUCAUCAAUUGGCACGUCAUUGUCGAAGAACACCAACUCGGCGACUGGGCCAAUUACACGCUUUCCAACUACCAGACCAUGUUGGCCGAAAGUCGCGCCACGGGAAUUCGCUUGCAACCCGAAGGAUCCGCCAUUCAGCAGAGUGAUUUCGUCGAAGGCGAUAUUUUGCCAUUGCCCUACAAGGUUCCGUCUGAUACGGGCGAUCCCAAUGCUCCUGGCGAACUCUUGCUGGCACCCGACUAUGGACCCGGCCCCUACUUUCCCGCCUGGAUGACAUCGCCUCCCAUUUUCCAUCCCGCCUUUAUCAAUGUCGAUCCGGCACCCGAUGCACUCCUCAUGCCCAUUAAAGCCGUCAUGCAGGCACGACGACUUGUGCUUACGGAUACCGUACCCGUCCAAAAUCUCGCCGACUUUUCCAUCAAUGCACAAGAUCACGAAAACUACCAUGCUUCCUUGGUCAAUUACACGUACAACGGAGGCAAUACGACCGCCUUUUUUCAUCCUCAUUCGGCCAUUAUGGUACCCGUCUUUGAACAACUCAACAAUCCAUCCUCCAGAAUUGUGGGAACGGCCGUAAUCAUCUUUCCGUGGGAUCGAUACCUCAUCAAUUUACUCCCGGAAGGUGUCACUGGAUUGACAUGUGUCUUGCGCAACAGUUGUGGCAAGGCGUGGACGUACGAUCUCGUUGGCAAUUCUGCCUUGUAUCGAGGAGAAGGCGAUUUUCACGAUCCCAACUACUCCCAUACCGAAGUCGUGCUGCCCUUUCAACACAAUACUUCGGCAGAACAAGACGACAGUGUCGUCAUGGAAACCGUCCCGGGAGAAUGUGAUUACAGUUAUCACAUUUUUGCCACACAAGAAUUUGAAAACGACUACAAAUCCGCCUUGCCCUGGGCGUUGACUUUGGUGGUGUCGCUGACAUUUGUCGGAAUGAUUGCUACUUUUUGGAUCUACGAUACUUUUGUUCAUCGACGCAACACCAAGGUUGUCACGCAUGCCACCAAAACCAAUGCCAUUGUCGAUAGUUUGUUUCCCACUGAAGCCAAAAAUCGAUUGCUUGAGGAUGAAGAAGAAAAACAACGACAACGCAAAGAACAAAAAAAGAAUGCCAAGAAUCCAUACAAAGUAAUGGAGCAACAACAAGCCAAUCCGGAAGGAGCUCUCUCCAACAAUGGGAGUGCGCACAACAGCAAGUCCGAUCCCAUUGCCAAUCUACAUCCUGAAUGUACCGUCUAUUUUGCUGAUAUUGCGGGCUUUACAUCUUGGAGUUCCAAGCGUGAGCCGGUCGAAGUCUUCAAAUUGCUCGAAGCCAUCUACUCGGCAUUCGACGAACUGGCCAAGAGAAGGGGUGUUUUCAAAGUGGAAACGAUCGGAGAUUGUUACGUCGCCAUUACGGGAGUCCCCGAAGCGCAAAACGACCAUGCCGUGCGAAUGGCAAAGUUUGCCUGGGAUACACGAGAAAGGAUGAGAGUGGUUACCAAAGGCCUCGAAGGAACGCUGGGAGCGGAUACCAGUGCACUAGAACUAAGGGUUGGACUACACAGUGGUCCGGUAACGGCCGGUGUUUUGCGUGGAGAGAAGAGCAGGUUCCAGCUUUUUGGCGACACAGUCAACACUGCGUCUCGCAUGGAAAGCAACGGGGAGAAGGGAAAGAUACAAGUCUCGGAGGCUACUGCCGAACGGGUGCGUGAGUUGGGAAGAGGCGCUUGGCUAACGGCCCGUGAAGACUUGAUCGAAGCAAAAGGCAAGGGCAAAAUGCAGACUUACUGGUUGGAAAUCAACCGCCGUGCCUAUACUAGUACGACAAGUACGAGUAUGGACCAAAGCGCAACCAAUAUGACGAGCGCUAUAGCUUCGGCAGCUGAUCAUUACGAAGACACUUUUGCGGACGAGCCUUUAUCAAGAGGAGGAGAGCCUGAGGUUCUGUCACGGGCGGAUGAAGCUCCUGGAAUGACGACUGACAUCGAGGUCUAG